AUGUUGAAGACAUCGACAAGAAGGUUAAAGAAAUAGUAUUCAAGUUUGAAUAAGCUGUUAAUAAAUUUUCUCCUAAUAAAGUUUUAAAAAAAAGUAAUAUCACUAUUGAAAUCCUAAAUAGUAUUUAAAACGAAGAAAUCCUUUUACCACCUUGCAUUAAAUAUCUCCCUGAAAUAAAGUCUUUCUAGAAAGUUGAAGGAGUCUAGAGAAAUUAUAUAGGUAUUAUUGACGCACCUAUCACUAAGGAUCUGCUUAAAACUUCCUUUAAGGUAAAAGUACAUAAACGUAUAUGGGUUGGAAUUGGUCUUUGUGAAAGAGAUCUCAUAGUAAGCAGAGAUUAUUAAUGUGAUGUGA